ACUCUAAUGACAGCUAGAGAGAAAUUCUGAGGGACUCCUCACUUUUACCAAAGGUUUGGACACUGAGUGACUUUUUGUGGCUGUUUUCAUUCACUUUUUAAGUCAGUUUGCAGAGAGAUGAUCUACGGAUCACCAGAGUGGGAUAUCAUCUGACAUCAAGUGGACAAAAUGAGAGCAGCGUGGAGUGUCUUCUUUCUUCUGUCUGUCUGUUUGGAGAUAGCAUUUGUGUUUUCCGUCAGUCCAGCUCGUGCCCAUGCGGAAGAAAGACUACUCCAAUCAUUGUUCAGCAAGUACAACAAGCUCUCUCGUCCUGUAGCAAACAUCUCAGACGUGGUUCUGGUCCACUUUGGCCUGUCCAUUGCUCAGCUCAUUGAUGUGGAUGAGAAGAAUCAGAUGAUGACCACAAAUGUCUGGGUGAAGCAGGAGUGGAACGAUUACAAGCUGCGCUGGAACCCAGAGGAGUAUGAGAAUGUCACCUCCAUCAGGAUCCCCUCCGAGAUCAUCUGGAGACCGGAUAUUGUGCUCUAUAACAAUGCGGACGGAGACUUCGCAGUGACUCACUUGACGAAAGCCCAGGUGUUUUACAACGGCAGGAUAAAAUGGAAACCGCCUGCCAUUUAUAAAAGCUCCUGCAGCAUCGAUGUCACCUUCUUCCCCUUCGACCAGCAAAACUGCAAGAUGAAAUUCGGCUCUUGGACGUACGAUCAGGCCAAGAUUGACCUGGUCAGCAUGGCCAGUGAUGUAGACCAGAUGGACUACUGGGAAAGCGGGGAAUGGGUCAUAAUAAACGCCGUUGGCACUUACAACAUCAAGAAGUACGAGUGCUGCACGGAAAUAUACCCAGACAUCACCUACUACUUCAUCAUCAGACGUCUUCCACUGUUCUACACCAUCAAUCUAAUCAUCCCCUGCCUGCUUAUAUCCUGCCUGACGGUGCUGGUCUUCUACCUUCCCUCAGAGUGUGCGGAGAAAAUCACGCUGUGUAUCUCCGUCCUGCUCUCUUUAACCGUUUUCCUCUUGCUAAUCACUGAAAUCAUCCCCUCAACCUCACUGGUCAUUCCGCUUAUCGGCGAGUACCUACUCUUCACCAUGAUCUUCGUCACUCUCUCCAUCAUCAUCACGGUGUUUGUGCUCAACGUACACCACCGUUCGUCCCGCACGCACAGCAUGCCGUACUGGGUCCGCCAGCUUUUUCUUCACCUGGUGCCCCGUUACCUGUUCAUGAAGCGUCCGCCUGCCUCGGGUAAGAGGAACUGUGUGAAACUGAUUGAGAUGAUGCACAAGCCAAUGGAGGCACAGUCCAUGUUUCUACGGAGCAACAUUCUGGAUAUCUCCCCGCAAAGCCCGCUCCAUCAUUUGGUCACUUCGGUUGACAAGUUGGAUCAAAUUCCGCAGGACUCUUCCCCCAAACCCUUGUUUUUCUGCAGUUCUCCCAGCAGCGAGUACUCCAUCCUGCAAGAAGAAACUUCCCAAACACCUCACACGCCGGUCAUCGGCUACACCUGUGCGUACACAAACAGCAUGUUCGCCUCCAGCACAUCUUCAUUUCCAGUUGCCACCAUCGGCACUCGGCUGCACACUAUCCCCAAGGAUGGAGCCGAGUGUACAGACUGUGAUAUCCAAGGACACAGUGCUGAGAGUGUGUUCAUGGAAGCCAAAGAGAGUGUUCAGGGAGCAGGGAGCUGCCAACACGGUCUUACUUCUGAGGGGACGAGUCUGCAGAAGCUUGAUCACGAUACAGUUGGCAGGUGUCUCAGACACAACAUGCCCAACGCUCAGAUCUGUGACGGCACUACUGAUCUGAAUGCCGUGGAGCCGAUGAGCAAUCUCUCGCAGUCGCUUCUCAAAGCCUUAGAAGGAGUUCAGUACAUUGCUGACCAUCUCAGAGCAGAAGAUUCAGACUUUUCAGUGAAGGAAGACUGGAAAUAUGUUGCCAUGGUGAUUGAUAGGAUAUUCCUCUGGAUGUUUGUGCUGGUGUGCAUUCUGGGGACGGUCGGACUGUUCCUCCCACCGUGGCUGGCCGGAAUGAUCUAGAACUUUGAUUGGCUCCGAGUGGGUGGGUAAUGGCCUUGUCUAUCACACUUGACUUCAGUGACCUCAUUAAACAUCCGCUGUCAUGGAAAUUAAGUGAUGUUUAAUGUCAGUGCUUCUGAGUGCAACAGAAAGUUAGUAGUGGGAUUCUGUAGAUUUAAAGGACUGUUUUAACUGUUUUAGGACUGGGUUAAAUGGAAGUUAAUGAAAAAUGAAAUUAAAUCAAAUGAAACUGUGUUUGUUUACUCACCCUCAUUUCUUUUAAAAUCUAUCAUUUUAUUUAAUCUGUGGAAUAAGGAAAAAGUUUGGUGAUGGUUGCUCUUUUCAAUCCAAAUAUAAGUUUUAAGACUUA